AUGAAGAAGGUUAUACGACCAGAGAUGCGGCCUUACUGCGAGCAGCCGCGCAAGCCAAAACGCAUUACGAAUGUGAAAAGCGGCGAGGCAAGCAAACGCAGAACGAAAGUAUCCCGCAAAGGCGUANCGAAAGUGUCCAGUACACCAGUGCGGCGCAACAUUGUCGACUGCCCCUUCUAUACGUUCAAAUAUAAAUUCGACGAUUUGCCCCUAGAUCCCGCAAAGGCGUACAUCGAAGAGAAGAUAGCGCAUAUGCAAGUCGACCAAAUUGUGGGACGUUGCAAUAAGGAAUUGGAUUUCCAUUUAUAUCAAAUGGAACCCCUCAAAUGGGAGUUAGAGGAGUGCGAUGAUGAAGGUAUUCAAGAGUUGAAACUCGAGGAUAUUGUGAUGCCACAAAAAUUCGAAAUGCUUAAAGACAAAAAGGAGCACAAGUAUUCGUUCAAUGCGAGAGCUUGCAAUCAAUUUCCGUGGAUUACAAAAUGCUGGGAAAAUAUGGAACCCAGUGAAGAGAUGGUAUAUCGCGUUACCAGCGAAUUACUUCAGAUUUAUUGCGCUCGGCGUGUACGCAUUUUCUACCCCGAUAUGCGCACCAAAAGUCAACUGUAUACGAACGAAUUGAGCAAAAUGCAUGGCAGUCCCUCAGAUGCUAUAGGCAGCCUACACACACUUGCUGCAAGGCAUCUACGCAUUGAGGCCUUAAAACGUCCACGCAAGUCACUCAUAUUCACACCUGGCGAUCACUAUGCGCUGCGCACGCCUGAAGAAUGCCGGAACGAGCUAAUACGCAUGGGUAAAGUUAUAGACAAAUUAAUAGAGCCAACAUUGCGACGUGCCAGAGAGAACUUAAAACGACAGGCCGAAGGUGAUGCUGCUACCAUGGCGCCAGCAAAAACAACAACAACAACUAAAGCAGGCGCAAUACCUAAGAAAACGUCCAGUGCAAUUGAGCGAGGAGCCGGAGGAGUUGUAUGCACCGAAAAGAAAACGAAACGCGGUGUAAAACAGCCGAAGAAGCAUCCUUGUAACCGCCACGAUAUGCUACUACACCCCAAAGAUUUUCCCACCUUCGAGGACUAUAUGAAAUGCAUGAAGCACUAUGAGCGUCAAAGAUUUAGGUAUCUCGAAGGCCUACCUCCCGUCGAUCCGGAGGCCCAAAAAGCUAUUAUACUCGCACGUUACCAACAGCAAUUACAGGCGGCUCUAGAAAAAUUUACACCGAAAAUAGAAACGAGAUACAAAUAUCUUAUGAAAAGC